AUGGCUAGCUGGAGAAAGUACCAACACCGGAGAUACCCAUCUUAUAACGAUAACAGGUUUUCAACCGUGCCGUUAUGGGAUAAGAGGUAUACGGAAUCACAUUCCAAAGUGAUGAAGUGGGACGACUAUGCUGUCAAACAGGCUGUUUACGACGCAAAAUUCAGGCAUUGCGCUGAGAUCAACGGCUAUGGCUGGGACAUUCCGUUGCCUGAUCCAGACAUGUACAUCGAUGAUGUAGAUUGGGAUGCAAGUGUUGAUCCUGAACUCUGUAUGGAUUUGGAGAGAGAAGAAGAUGCCAGAAGAAAGAUGAUAGAAAAGUGCGUGAUUCUGGAAAGUUCACUCUUAUUAAAUCAGUCAUUAUCAGCUCUUGGUCUAAAACCUACCGGAUGGGAGGUUGACGACGAACAAGUAACAAAGCUUCCGGAACCAAGUUAUGGUGCUGAUGAAAUUAAUGAAGCAAACUCUUGGGAAGAGAAUGAUUCUCAGAGGUUGAUUCCAGAGGAGCAUUAUAACAGAAGGAGAAAGAAUAACAUGGCAUGGUCUAAGAACCAUGCAUAUCAGCAUGGUAAUAAUGAUUAUAAGAUGAAUCGAGGAAAAAGAAAUGGAGGAAGAGGAAGGAGGAGGGGAAACAAUACUUAUGCGGCCAAGGUCGUUCAUGCCCAAUAUCAAACAGGUAUUUUAUUGCUAGAGGAUCAAAAUCUCGAUGUUAGAGAUGUUAAUGAAGCGCUUCUAAAAGCUAUAGGAAAGGAGAGUGGUGAAAAAGGGGUCAGAAGAGCUUGA